AUGCCCGUCCUCGAGGCGCUGAUAGAGGGUCUGCAGGUGAAAGAGCUCCUGAGGGGCCUCGGCCUGGCUGUUAUUCUCGCGCGGUGCAUUCCCCCAGUCUCCAUCACAGGAAACAAGGCCAUUUUUUCAGGCGGGACCAUAAAGGCUGGCGGCUUCUUUUUGGUGUUCCUCGUGGCCCGGUCGUGGCUGGCCUUGGUCAACGACUUCGUCCCCGAGCCCUACCUAGAUGAAGUCUUCCACGUCCCGCAAGCGCAGACCUACUGCGCCGGCCGCUACUGGGAAUGGGACGACAAGAUCACCACCCCGCCCGGCCUAUAUCUCCUCUCCGUAGCAUGCCACAAGCUCUGGAUGGUGUCCGAGUGCUCCACCGCCAGCCUCCGCACCAACAACCUCCUAGCGACACUUCUAAUGGUGUUGCUGGCGACGCUGUGCCGCGGCCUGAUCGAAGCCAGAGCGGCGGAGAGAAACGGGGGCACCAAACAGCAGCAGCAUCGCACCCGUGCCGUGUCCGUUUACGCGUUUUACACGGGGCUAAACAUCGCCCUCUUCCCCGUCCUGUUCUUCUUCUCGGCCCUGUACUACACCGACGUCGUAUCGACGCUGCUGGUGCUUAUCGCGUACCGGAACCACCUGCUCCGUGUCGGGCCGGACCGGCCCGGGAUGGCCAGCGAUGUGUGGACAGUCGUCCUGGGCGUUGCGGCCCUCCUGAUGCGCCAGACCAAUGUCUUCUGGGUCGUCGUCUACAUGGGCGGCUUGGAAGCCGUGCACGCCGUCCGGUCUCUGACGCCGGUCCAAACCCAACCGUCGCCGCCGACGUCGCGUUAUCUGACCCUGGCAGAUCACCUUCGCUUCUAUUUAAGGAAGUACUCGAUUGGCGAAGUGCAUGAUCCACCGCUUAAUGUGGCCUGGCCUGAUGAUUGGCUCUUCUGCUUGAUCAGCAUUGCCAUCUCGGCGGUCUGCAACCCUCUCAGGGUGCUUCGUCAAGUGUGGCCUCACAUCGCAGUGCUUGCGCUCUUUGCCGGCUUCGUUGCCUGGAAUGGGGGCGUCGUCCUCGGAGACAAGGCCAACCACAUUGCCACCAUCCAUCUUGCCCAGAUGCUCUAUAUAUGGCCCUUUUUUGCCUUUUUCUCGGCGCCUCUCCUUCUUCCCUCCUUCCUGCCGUUCAUAAAAGGUCCCGUCCGUAUCAUCUCUCGCCUCGCCAUCGGAGAGAGCCGACCAAGCACUCCUCCAAUCCCACCCAAUUCACGCCAGCUAUCAAAAGCUGCAAGCAAAAACCUAGAGUCUAAAGCGGACCCGCCGCAACCUAACACCUCUGCAUCGUCCCACCGGAGGGGGCCAGUACGGUCCCUGGCCCUCACCGUAGUCGACAGCCUAUUCGCCAGCAAGUACGUCGUUUACGUCCCGUACGUUGGCUGCACCGUCCUCGCGUCUCUCGCGGUCGUCAGGUUCAACACCAUCGUCCACCCCUUCACCCUCGCCGACAACAGGCACUACAUGUUCUACGUCUUCCGGUACACAAUCCUCCGCUCCGCCCGCGUCCGCUACGGCCUCGUGGCGGCGUACACAGCUUCGCGGUGGCUCGUGUGGAGUCAGCUCGCCGGGCAUUCGGGUCCCUCCGCGUCUCGCAGAUCUGCCACCUCUGCAGGCCGGUUCACAAACCCGCUGUUUCCUAGCUACGGGACGCCCGCUGUUUCUGUUUUUCCUCGUCUCUCAAACGAAGAUUAUGAUGAUCGGGAUCUAAAAGGCGGCAGCAAUACUACGAAGGCGAAGAACAAAAAGCAAGGAGCGGUGGCGCCUGUCCCCAGCCCUGAAACCAACGACAACGCGGGCCUGGACGGCUCCGCAGCCGCGCCGCCCCCAACCUCCACCGCCCUGCUGUGGCUGCUCGCCACGGCGCUGUCGCUUGUCACUGCGCCGCUGGUCGAGCCCCGCUAUUUCAUCCUGCCGUGGGUGUUUUGGCGGCUGCUGGUCCCGGCCUGGCCGUGGCCGGUGUCACCAGCAGACAACGAUACCGACGGGGUCAAAAACAAGAGCGGCAUGGCCAACCUGCUCCGCGCCAUUGGCAGCAAUGUCGAUGUGCGGCUGGUGCUCGAGACGGGGUGGUUUCUGGCCGUCAACCUCGGCACCAUGUACAUGUUCCUGUUCCGGCCCUUCUUCUGGCGCAGCGCUGACGGCGGGGAGUUUCUGGACGGCGGAAGAGUGCAGCGGUUCAUGUGGUGA